AUGUUCCGGUCACCAGCGGCGAGAUCAUUGCUGAGAAGCUUUACCACAGCUCCUACGGCCAGAUCUAGCUACAGUGCAGCUUCAUCUCAAUUCCGACACACCCCUCCCUUCCGUCAAUUGAGCAAUAAACGUCCCCAAAUCCUGGCCGCUUUGUCUCGCCCGCCAACUGCGACGGUGUUCUACGCAACGAAAUCCACCCCUCCUCUCGACAAUAUUGACACCAAGGCUGAGAAAACGCUUGGAGAUAAGGUUAUCAAGCCCGAUCCAGAUGAGGUAUCUGCUGGAUCAUCUGUUCGCCAUGUUUUCGAGCAAGGCCAAGCUCCAAAGCAAGAAUCUGGUGGGGAGAUGACUGCGGGAUUGAAGUCAGACCUUGAAACCAUCAGAGAAACCUUCUCGCUAGCAGAAGUUCCCAAGGAGUCUUUGUAUAUUGGCGCAGCUGGUAUUCUUCCGUAUGCCGCAACUUCUAUGUCGACCGUUUUCCUCUCGUAUGAUAUCAACCACGCCCACAGCACUGGAGCUGGCUAUCUGUUCAGCCCGGAGACAGCGCACCAACUCCUUGACCUAGUGACCCCAAUCCAGAUUGGUUGGGGGGCAGUCAUCAUCUCUUUUCUUGGAGCUAUCCAUUGGGGAAUGGAGUACUCGGGAUUCGGUGGCUACCACUCUUACCGCCGAUACAUGUACGGAGUCAUUGCGCCAGCAGUUGCGUGGCCAACUAUCUUCAUGCCCGUGGAGUACGCCCUUAUAACUCAAUUCUUGGCUUUCAAUUUCCUGUACUUCGCAGAUGCAAGAGCCACAGCUCGAGGAUGGUUCCCUCCAUGGUACUCCAUCUACCGAUUUGUCCUGACCUUCUUCGUCGGUGCUUCCAUCGUCAUAAGCUUGGUUGGCAGAGGAAAGAUUAUUACUGCAGACCACACUCUCAAGAGCCCCGUGGACUACGUCAAAAGCGAUAAAGAUGCACAGUGGGUGGCGCUUGAGCGUGAGGAGAAGGAGAGACGCAAAGCUCUUGCUGCUGAAGACGAGGAGGAGGAUGAAGGAGAUGAUAGCGAAGAGGGGGAUGAGAAGAAGGACGAUGAAGAAUCCGACGACGGAGAAGAUGACAAGGGCGACGAAAAGAAGGAUAGCAAGAAGGACGACAAGAAGGGGAAGAAAUGA